UGCACUCCCUUAUUUCCCAACCAUUGCAAAAUAAAUUGUAUAUACUGUUACUGGCAUGAAAAAAAAAUCGUAAAAAAAAAUACCUGAUUGGUCAGCAGAGGGAGACAUCGAGACUCCAAACUGAGUAGAAAUAAGUGAAAAGAGAAAAAAAAUAGGACGAAUAUGCAAUGGUAUAGGGCAGCUGGAAAAAGAAGCGGAGUGUUUCAGCAAAGAAGAACAAAGAGAAUGACACCUUUGUCCAGAUAAGAGGAUGCAGUAAGGGUAUCAGGACCUAGGCUAAGGAUUGUGGAACCGUGGCAACCAAAGGGUUAGCAGACUGGCUGCUGUAGGGGGCAGAAGGAAGCUCUCUGACUGUGCAUGAGGAAAACCCACUCAUCAGAUGGACUGUGCAGGAAAGUGAUUGAAAGUUGCCUUUCAACAGGAGGCAUAGACUCCGAGAGCAGCAGCAACAGCAGCAGCUUCUCUCCACUGGCUGAGCCGUGUGUCUGCGCUGUCCUGGACACUCAGCCUUUUGUGUCUGGAAAGAAAAGGGGGCUUAAGAAGGAGGAGUGCUGGCAGAUCUAACGGGUUUGGGAAGUGGGACAUUCACAGCAAAUCUGGAGAGCAUCCGGUCCCAGAAAGAGAGAGGAAGAGGAUAAAGUAGUAAGAGAAAAGGAAGGAAAGAGACAUGGAAGAGAAGUGUGGGAAAUGAACCAGGUCAGACGUUGUCCUUGAGGAGACUAAGGAAGGCCUUUUGUAAUACAUUCCCUACUCACAUCUGUCAAGGAAACUGUGAUCUCUGGCAUAUUUUCUUCUCUGUCCUUAUUUUUCCAAAUCUCUCUAAUCCACAAAUGUCUUCUGCUACUAACAGGGAGCAGCCCAUUUUUAGCACCAGAGCCCACGUUUUUCAGAUUGACCCAGUAACCAAGAAGAACUGGAUUCCAGCCAGCAAACAUGCAGCAACAGUUUCAUAUUUCUACGAUGCCACGAGAAAUGUAUAUCGGAUCAUCAGUGUUGGUGGAACUAAGGCCAUUAUCAACAGCACCAUUACUCCAAACAUGACCUUCACCAAAACAUCACAGAAGUUUGGCCAGUGGGCUGACAGUCGGGCAAAUACAGUGUAUGGACUGGGCUUCGCCUCUGAACAGAACUUAUCCCAGUUUGCUGAAAAGUUCCAGGAGGUGAGAGAAGCAGCUCGAUUGGCAAGAGAAAGAUCUCAAGAUAAAACAGAGCUGACAAAUCCAGCACUGAACAUCACAUCACAGCAGGUGGUGCCUUCACCAAUUAUCAGUACGAAUGGCCCAGGUGACGAGAAGUUCUUCAGAAGCCAAAGUGCGGAGAUGGAACUCAAUACAGACAGGGAACGAGUCAAGAAAAUGCUUUCAGAAGGCUCAGUUUGUGAAGUCCAGUGGGAAGCUGAGUUUUUUAGCCUCCAGGAUAACAACAACAAGCUCGUGGCUGCAUUAAGAGAAGCCAAUGCCAAUGUGGAGAAAUGGAAGAAGCAGCUUGCAGGGUACCAGGAGGAGGCAGAAAGACUACGGCAGAGGGUUGCAGAGCUGGAAAGUCAGACCACGUCAGAGCCUAAUGCAGAGCAAGGGGAUGAACAAUCAGAAAGACAGCAGAAUCUAGAGAUGCUUCUGAAGAGCAAAGAAGAGGAGAUUAUUUUUCUGAAAGAACAAAGACCAGAUCUCAGGGAGCUGGAGACUGAGAGGGAUGAUCUACUACAGAGAUUGCAGGAUCUGGAAGAACGAAACCAGGAAAUGGAAAAGGAGCUUCAGCGGGCAGAACAGAGUCUCAGAGAUUCAAAAUUGGAAAGAGAUCGUAUGCGGGAGGAGAUUAGCAAAGCCGGAGAUGAGUUAGAUAUGAAAAUCUGCCAACUGAACGAUCUACGCUUGGGACUGGCACAACUUUUAGAGAGCAACUGAAGGACUUGUGUGUUUGUCCUGAGAGCCGUUCUGAUUGUAUAACCUUUACUACACUUGGACAUCUGUAGGCUUUCUUCUGGGUACUAUUUGAAAUAGAAAGAUAAGCCUGGUUAACAAGGGGUUUGGACUUACUGGAUCUAUGUCUAUAAAUAGUAGUGUUAGAAUUAGAAUGCUAUGUGUGUAUGUAUACAUGUGUACGUGUAUAUAUAUAUAUAUAUAUAUAUAUAUAUAUACACACACGUGUAUGUAUGUUUCAUAACCAGGUAACUCUCAGUUUAUAGACCAGCAUCCUAUUUAUUCAGUCAGUUGUAUGCUGCAAGCGUAAUAGAAAAUAUAUUUUAUUCUCUGUUUUUCUAAUAUUUAUAUUCCAUUUCCAUACAGGAACAAAAGCCAUUGAGCAAAACCAAAACAGCUAUUUUGAUUGUGUAAUUGAAAAUAAGUAGGAGCAAUGUCAGAGCUUUCAGUCUAAUCCUUCUCUUUCAUACUGGCGACAUAUGAAGGUAAAUUUUGUUCACCUAGUGCCUCCAUUCCACUUUACAGAGCGUAAUUUGAGCUACAAAAGCCACACCUCUUCCUAUAAAUUCAUACAGCCAAUGGUGUAACUGCCUUAAAAAUAGCCAUAUUGUUGCCAUUUUCAACCUACAUAAAAAUAAAGGCACAGACUUUUAAAUGUGUUAUUUUUUAAAUAAAGUUUAUCACAGAAAUAAACAAAUUAAUGCUCACAAAUAUGGUUGACCUGGGAAGAACUUGUCCCCAUUAGCACAGCAGUUGUAGUUCACUCUCCAGUUCCCUUUUUUUACUUGCUACUGUUAUAGCGUAGCCUGAUUUAUUUUUAUAUUUGGGACUGGGCCUGUGCUGUCACAAUUCACUUUAUAUAAUUAGCAUUUGCCCCAAAGACUGGAAUGCUUAAAAAGGAAGCAGUACAGCUUGUUCGUGUUUCUACCGGAUUUAUAACAUUCUUCAGCCUGCCUACGGCUAUUGUGUGAGACCCCUUAUCAAGUUUGAUUUUCUGAGUUAGGUUUUUUAUUUUAUUUUAAAUAGUGUUUAACAUUACCAAUGCCAAUGAAGAGCAUUUUGUAAAAUGAAACCCAUUCCAGCAACAUUACACACACCAAGUGACCAUUGAGCACCGUAAUUUAGGAAUAAAUCUAUGAUCAUUUGUACAGUAGAUUUCUACUUUCAUCUUAAUUUAAGAUAGAAUUAACACUUUAUUGUGUGGUUCCCCUGUUUGAUUAACUCUGAAAUGCCUGUAUUUUGUGACUCAGCAUCUCAGGAAUGACAGAUAUUGCUGUGAAAUGCUAGAGAGAGGGGACAAAAUAAUUGAUUAUUUGAAAGGGAACCCUCUGUGAUAAAUUACCGCCAUUUAAUAUGGGUAGAGUUUGUGAUGCGUUUCUACAAUUCAGACACUAUGUGCUAAGUAAUGAAGAGAGAAGAGGUCAAAACUGAGCCCUUUUUAUAUGAAAGCACAAUCCUUGUAUGCUAGCCCCUAGGUUAUCUUUUAGAUACUAGCAGAAAAACAACAGGCGUUCUUAUAUACAUUUAGAGCUGUUUACAUAUUUGGAUGCUUUUGUCAAUUUUAAUAAAGCUUUGCAGCUUUUAUUAGCA